CAUUGCUGCCCAGUGGAGUUGCUGUUUAGUGAAAUUGAACACCAUCCGCAUCUGCAGUUUACUUUCUUCCUGUGAAUCCUGGACAUUUCCAGACACUCCCAACUCUUAACAGUCAGACAUGGCUGCUCAGUGUGUGACCAAGGUUGAGCUGAGUGUGUCCUGUGAAAAUCUCCUGGACAAAGACAUUGGCUCCAAGUCCGAUCCUCUGUGUGUCCUGUUGAUGAGCAGCUCUGAUUCCCAGUUUUAUGAGGUGGCACGCACAGAGAAAGUCCAGAAUUGCCUCUGCCCAAAGUUUGCAAAAAAGUUUGUCAUCGACUACUACUUUGAAAUAGUGCAGAAGCUGCAGUUUGGGAUUUAUGACAUCGAUAACAAAACUGUUGACCUGAGUGACGAUGACUUCCUGGGGCAACUUGAGUGCACCUUGGGCCAGGUUGUGUCCAGUAAAAAACUGACCCGACCACUUGUCUUGAAGAACAAGUCCCCUGCAGGCAAAGGGACCAUCACAAUCAUUGCAGAGGAAAUCAAAGAUAACAGGGUGGUGAAUUUUGAAGUUGAAGCAAGGAAGCUGGACAACAAGGAUUUCUUUGGGAAGUCGGACCCUUACCUGGAAUUCUACAAGCAGACACAAACUGGAUGGCAGCUGGCUCACAGGACAGAGGUGGUGAAGAACAACCUGAACCCAACAUGGAGACCCUUUCGAAUCCCCCUGCAGUCUCUCUGUGGAGGAGACAUGGAUAAAGCCAUAAAGGUUGAAUGUUACGACUACGACAACGAUGGCUCCCAUGAUCUUAUUGGAAUCUUUGAGACCACAAUGACACGCCUCAAAGAAGCAUCACGAACAUCUCCGGCAGAGUUUGAAUGUAUCAACAGUAAAAAGCAACAGAAGAAGAAAGGCUACAAGAACUCUGGUGUUGUGAGCGUGAAGCUAUGCCAGGUGGUGAAAGAAUACACCUUCUUGGAUUAUAUUAUGGGAGGCUGUCAAAUCAACUUCACUGUGGCCAUUGACUUCACAGGCUCCAACGGGGAUCCCAAGUCUCCUAAAUCUCUGCAUUACAUUAGUCCUAAGGGCGUUAACGAGUACCUCUCUGCUAUCUGGUCCGUCGGCAAUGUCAUCCAGGACUAUGACAGCGACAGGAUGUUCCCCGCGUUUGGCUUUGGAGCCCAAAUUCCUCCCACAUGGCAGGUUUCCCAUGAGUUUCCUCUCAAUUUCAACCCAGCAAAUCCAUUUUGUGCAGGCAUUGAAGGUGUGGUGGAGGCUUACAGGAUAUGCCUGCCCCAGGUCAAACUCUACGGUCCCACCAACUUCUCCCCUAUCAUCAACCAUGUAGCCUGCUUUGCUAAGCAAGCCCUCCAGCAGACCACUGCAUCACAAUACUACGUUCUCCUCAUCAUCACUGACGGAGUGAUCACAGACAUGGAUGAGACACGCAGUGCCAUCGUCAACGCCUCCCGUCUGCCCAUGUCCGUCAUCAUCGUCGGAGUCGGGAACGCAGACUUCAGUGCCAUGGAGUUCCUGGACGGAGAUGAUGGAUGCCUGCGCUCUCAGACUGGCGAGGCCGCCAUGCGGGACAUCGUCCAGUUCGUGCCGUUCAGGCAGUUUCAAAAUGCUCCUCGAGAAGCACUGGCAAAGAGUGUGUUGGCAGAAGUACCAGGUCAGCUGGUGGACUUCUUCAAUACCAUGAAGCUGAGUCCACCCAACUCCAACAGCCCUACAACAAACCCUUCAGGGACCAUUUGAUACUACAAGGAAGACAGCGGACACACAGUCUCAUCCCCUGCAGAUAGAAAGCAGAUCGCAGCUUCAUGUCAUCAAGAAAUCAGACAAAUGUCCUUGCUACACUUUCCUUCCUACACUUUCCUAACUCUUUUAUUUCACCACCUUUACGAAAUACCAGCAUACAGCUUUGCCAAAUAUAACCGCCACACCACACUCAUUAUGCAUUGGCAGCUGACGUUAGAUAUUAGCAUCUAUGUGUAUUCAUUUUUGCUGUUAUUCAGUGCUACUAUACCUUAAAAAGAAAACAAACAUAAUCAUUCCAUUAUUUUUAAAGGGUAAGUUGUUCAGCGGGUAAACACGCUCUUCAAUAGCUCCAGGAUACCAGGAUACCUUAUGAAAAACAUCAUUCAGGCUGCACUAGGCUGCUGCUUUUUUUAAUGCUUUUUUUUUUUUUACAUGUCCUCAUGUAUGUCCUGAUAGUUUGAUAGAAAUAGAUGCAGUACGACUAGUAGCAUGAUUAUAUCUGUAUAGCCUAAUAGUUUUGUAGCUGCUACUGUUUUGGCACAUAUAUUUCCAUUUGUUUAUUGUUGCCCAUGUGUCCUCAUGCACUCUCCUAUAAUAAUAUCUAAACUGCCUACGAUUUAGUUAUUUUACUCAAUGAAAUGCCAAAUUCUGUGUGUGGAUUACAAGCUAUUUGUACCUUUCAAGUAUGAAUCUGAAAUUAGAAAGCGGUCUCAUUGUAGAUUUGUUUUUUUCUGUCUUAUCACUCAUAUCAUGUUUGGAAAUUUACUGUGGUCUACCAUUGUGGCAGUUACUUUUGGUUGCUUUCCCUGCCCUAUAUAAAUAAGCAAAGUAAUCAGGGAUUUCCCUAGAUAAGACUAACAAGACUAAGAAAGUUUUUUUUUUUUUUCAAUGAUAUGGGCAUUGACUUUUAUAUAUAAAUGUAUUUCAGUAUUAAACAUGCUGUCUAUAGAAACUGGAUACACUUCUGUUAAUUGAAAUCUAUGCGUAUUUACUUCAAGUAUGUCUAUUUCCUGUUUGUUUGUUAAUUGUUUUUAUAUGGUUGUACAAUGAAAGCUAUAAAGCAUGCAUCUGGU